UGUAUUUACAUGGAACCAUUAAAGAGAAGAAUAUCAAAACACCCUGUGCAGCAUGAAUGAAACCAAAUUGGAUUUUUUAGUUWACAAAAUGCUGAAAAGACCCAGUGAGCCAAACAUUUUUAAAMUGGAAAUGCUGCACUUAAGUUGAUUGGAAGGGUCAUGCUCUCRUUGCAUUUUGUGAAUGUUUGCUUUAAGAACUUAUGGAAAUAUGCAAACUAUUGUGUCUUUAGUGCAAAAACAAUCAGUUAUUCCCUCGUGGUGUGUAUGUACUUGUUUUAGUCUUUAGAGUUUCUAGCCAUUUUAUAUUAGUCAUUAUAUUAUCAUGGGGGACCAUGAAUUGUACAUGUUCAGCGAUGUGUAAAUUAUGUUGCGUUUACARAAUCACGGAGUAAUCAGCAUGUUAUAAGUGUAGCUGCUCUUAACCUUCAAGUAUUAAGUUGUUAUUAUUCCUAAUGUUUCAGUAAAUUCUUUGUACCCUAAAAUAUUGAUUUUUCUUUUGAAAGAUGUUGGAAGCCCGAGUAAUCCUUGUCAUYACUAUUGUCAUGGGAUUCCUGUGCUCCAGCUAAUUGAACUCGUUGUUUACUAGUCAGAUUUCUUGGGAAUCAAAGAUCGUAUUUUGUUGUUGUUUUUUUAUAAUGUCAGAUCAGCAAAAGCGUUAUGUCCCGCCACAUCGAAGGCCUGAAAAUUCCUCAUUCCAUCAUGAACAUCAACCAACACUAUUAACAAAUACGCCUUGUGGCGGACCACAAAUUCCAGGAAACCAACGAAUACAAAAACCUUAUUAUCAGCGUCACGCAGGCAGUAAACCUACCUUCCAACACCGUUUCGGGAAUGAAGAGUUUAURGUAACAUUCAAGACAUCCAAAUGUUACGAAGAAGCAGACUURCCGGCUGCUUUACUGGAACACGUCAAAUCAGAGAGCUCAGAASUACAUAGCUAUAAAUUCAAAGUUGUCUUUCAGCACACCAAGCUAAGAACACUGAUGAGAUGGUUUCGAAAUGCAUGUAGAACCGAUUCUCAUGCUGUCCUUGAGUUCCCACCCUCUAUGACCAAAGACCACAGAAAAGAAAUUCAUCAAAUGGCUGAUGAUUUUUGCUUGGGGACUUCAAGUCAAGGCUUUGGAGACGCGAGGUUUAUUACUGUGUAUACAAMAGAAACAGCAGCUCCUGGAGAUGUUGGCAAAAUAUCAUUGACUAUGGAGGAAAAACAAAAAAGCAAAGAAGUUUGGUUCCUUGUUUGUAAGAUGGGAGGAGAGUAUAGCAAGUUCAGUCAUAAUGAGAUUGUUGAAAUGRUCUCUGCUAACAAACUAGAUUCAUCGCUGCAAGAUCUACUGGACCAAAAUAAAGAUUUAUUAGAAAGUGAAUUUGAGUUCAAAUGUAAAGUUAGUGAGAAAACGUAUAGUUAGUGUGAUGAAUAUGAGGGCAUUUUUUUACCAUAUAUCGUAUUGUUGAUAUCAUAUUGUUAACAGUAUAAUAGUUAUUAAAAAUAAAAUAAAGAAAUGUAAUGAAUUAUGAAUAAAGGUAAGCAGUAUAUAGUUAAGUAUGAUGCAUUGUAGACAUAUAGAAAUUCUGAUGUAAAUAUGAAUGUAAUAUUGCACAUGUAUAUUAUUGCUGAAAUGAUGAUCUACUUGUGUAGAAUAUUUUAAAGGACUUACUUUUAGUAAGUAACCUACUAAAAGCGCAAACUAAUCAGUGCUUAUUUCUUUGACAUUAUUUGUUGCAAUAGGUUUUAAUUUUGUUAUAAAUUAUAAUAAUUUUGUGUAAAUUUAAGUUAUUAGUCUUUAGAUUAAAUAUUAUUAAUAUUUGUCAAAGUAAGUAUAAUUAUAAUAUUGUAAUUUCAUUAGGAACCAUACAUCUCAAGUUGUGGUUCUUGGCAAAGUAGAGCAGUGGCUCAAGGACAGAGCCUUGAGGCAUUCCAAAUUAAUGCUAGAUGCUUGCCUGUUGAAAGUGACUUUUUAACAACCACCACUGACUGAGAACAUUCAGGUAGAUAAACUAUAACAUGUUCUAGAUGUAGUGUACGAUCAAGUGUUGAAGAAAGCUGAUUAUAAGUCCAACAAGUCUAAGAUCACCUCUUGCCUUGAGCCAGUUGAAAUGACGAUAUCAUUAAACCAUACAGAGCAAAGGUGUUGCAGUAGUAUUGUCCGUAGGCAAAUUGUCACCUUGCUAUGCAAUAAGCCUUUCUAAAUCAGGUGAUACAUAAAGUAGUUUGUGCUUAAAAAUAAUGUUUCAUGGCUUGCACUCUAUGUACUCUAUUAGACGUGAAGAAURUCAUUAAAAGUGUCAUUGUUUCCAUGUAUCAAAUCCA